GCAUCUCUGCAUGAUCUGGAAGACAAUGACUUGGACGCCUUGAUGGCUGAUCUGGUGGCAGAUAUCAGUGCCACGGAAGAAAAGUUUGCCACAGAAAGAGAUACGUUUACGGGGUCAGUCCCAGUUGCCCCAAUACCCUCCCAGCCUCAGAGUAAUUUUAGCCUCCUAGCGUCAACUGACACCUCUAGACCUGCAACUUUCUCCAACUCCAUUGCAGCUCCGCCCCUACCACCCGCCUCCAAACCAUCAAAAGAAGAACUAGAGGAACAGAUGAAAGCAGAUAAGAUCAAGCUUGCUUUGGAGAAGCUAAAGGAGGCCAAAGUGAAAAAGCUGGUCGUGAAAGUGGAGAUUAUGGACGGCAGCUCAAAGACUCUGAUGGUGGAUGAGAGACAAACAGUCAGAGAUGUGAUAGACAGCCUCUUUGAGAAGACACAUUGUGACUGCAAUGUGGAUUGGUCUGUGUGUGAGACCAACCCUGACUUACAGACUGAACGGGGGUUUGAGGACCAUGAGAACCUCGUGGAGCCUCUUUCUACAUGGACAAGGGACACUGAAAACAAAGUGCGUUUUCAGGAGAAAAUAGACAAGUAUGAAGUGUUCAGAAACCCUCAGAAUUUUUAUUUGUGGAAAAAGGAUAAGAAAUCUCUAAAGGACAUGAAAGACAAAGACAAAGAACAGCUUCUGGAGGAGAACUUCUGUGGAGCCUCCGUCAUUGUGCCUGAUCUGGAGGGUGUUCUGUAUCUGAAGGAGGAUGGCAAGAAAUCCUGGAAACAGCGCUACUUCCUGCUGCGGGCCUCUGGAUUGUAUUACUCACCCAAAGGCAAGACAAAGGCUUCACGGGAUCUUGUGUGCUUGGUGCAGUUUGAUAAUGUCAACGUCUACUACUGCAAAGAAUACAGAAUCAAAUACAAAGCGCCAACAGACCACUGCUUCAUUCUUAAGCAUCCUCAGAUUCAAAAAGAAUCACAAUACAUCAAGUAUCUGUGUUGUGAUGAUGAGUGGACCAUGACUCUGUGGGUGACUGGAAUACGUAUUGCAAAGUAUGGUAAGCAGUUAUAUGACAACUACAAGGUUGCUGUGAGGAAAGCUGCAGGCUCUGAAACAUGGGCUAACCGCACUAUCCAGGCCUCCUCCAGUGCAUCGACACCCUCCCCUACACCUAAAGCCAAAGCUGCAAAUGGACAUGCUCCUCAGCCUGCAGUGGAGACCAAGGUACCUCUCAAUCUAUCAGCUCUUUUAGGAAUGAAGAACAUGGUUUAAAAA